UUACAUUUUAUGCUAUUUUUCAAUGACUAGCAGUCAGUCAUCACUGUAAUAGUGACCGCAACUCAUCCAUAGCUGAUCCACAACUGGUGUGUCCACGAAGACAAUGUUGUCGAUAGACGUGAACUGCGAUUACGUGAUGUUUGGCUCAUUCCAGAGCCGCGCCAAUCACCUGAAGAUCACUCACAAACACAUCCACAUCUCAGCCGUGAGUGAACAUCGCGUCGAUUACACCGUUUUGAUGGCCUUUGAAGACAUCGUUGAACUCAAGUUUUGCAGACAUUUCUCCAUUUCCGGCAUUUGUCUCAAAGCAGACACUCAGGCGUACGACGAGAUCACCAAACAGCUGUUCCGACACAACGAGUCCAUCAAUUCAUUCAAAUUCAACGUCAACUCCGCAGACAUUAGCGAUCACUACAUAAUCGCCGUUUUGUCGGAACAGUUGACACAAGAAGUGGUGACUUAUAUCCAACUCUUGUCGUCGGAUUACUCGCACAUCAAUUGCCAUGAAAUCAGUUGCGAUGACGUGAAGGACUCAUUGAAACAGAUUAUGAAUAGAAUUAAAGACACUUUAGUUAUGACUCAUGUCGUGCCUGAAGAGGAGGACAAGUCAGACACCGAUAAAGUGGUGCCACAAGAAAGUGAUGAUUGUCUGGACAUCGAGUCUAAAGAGACACAAAAUGUGGCCACUCUUUGCGAUAACCCCACGACUUCUGAAACAAUGGUUGAGUUCUGUUGCCAACCCAUGGAUAUAAUGUUCGGUACGUUUGAAGUGUCGGUCAAUGAGUUGGUGUUCACAUUAGAUUUCAUCAAAUUUGUGGACAUAAGUAAAGGCGCGAACGGAUCCAAUUCGGCACUUAAACAGCAUUUCAUGAUUUCCUAUGACUUUGUCGAAGAAAUCACUUAUAAUUUCCAGAUUCCUGUCAUAUCUGUCAUCAUUCGCAUCAGCGAUGGCUUCUGUCAAGCAGUUGAGCAUUUCCUGAAGAUUGGCAACAAUGAGGAUAAGCGAGCGUUUAAUGUCCACUCAACCGAUCUCAGGGAAAACUAUUUAAUCAUAAGAUUUGAGUCGGUAUUGUCGCAAAUCUUCUGGAACUUCUUGAAUGGCAUUCGCAAUCGGAAUCCAAACAUAUGCCUAAACGAGAGGAAUGAUAAAAUCAUAGCUCUUUUGUGCGAAAGCACUAAAAGUCAGAUCCAAUUGAUAUCAAAGAACUCUUUGGAGAAUAAAGUCAUGGAAUUGAGUACUGAAUGCAAUGGUUUGAAACGAAAGUGCGAUGAACUGGAGGACAAUGAGUUGUUUUGUGCCAUUUGUCUGGAGAAGAGGUCGUCGCUGAUGGCCAGGGAGGAGAAGUUUGUGUCGACGAUAUGCGGACACGUAUUCUGCAAACAAUGUCUGAAUAACUCACUGAAGGUGAGGACAAUGUGUCCCAUUUGUCGCAAUUACUUGAAACCACCCAAAGGUCGCGUUAAUCCAGUGUUUCACGAGCUUCACAUCUAAUCAUACCAUCAUUUUUUGUUACUUAUUUUGUGGUCAUUUUACUAUAAAUUAUAUUUUAAAUUUAAUUUAUCG